AUAAAAGGACAAUUUCCGCUUUGGGGAUCCAGUCAAGAAUCUAAAUCCUCCUGCGUAGAGCUCACUUGAUAAUUUGGAAGAAAACAAUGGCGAGGUUUCUAUCGAGACCCAUCUUCAGAGGUUACUUUGCUAACCGGAUCAGGAUGUCGUCCGAUCAGGUUGGCGACCUGGGCCAAGGUGCCGGAAAAGGUGGAGGGGGAGGGGGCUCCAUCAGGGCGGCAGGUGGGGCCUUUGGAAGAAAAGCAGCUGCCGAAGAGGAGCGUUAUUUUUGGGAAAAAAGCCGGGAUCAGUUGGCUGCGCUCCAUCAACACCAUGAAGAGGAGAUCGACCACCACAAGAAGGAGAUCGAGCGACUGCAGAAAGAGAUUGAUCGUCACAAGGGAAAGAUCAAGAAACUGAACCAUGACGACUGAGCUCCAUUUAUCCUAUAGCAGUCCUAGCCUAUAUCACAAAUCAAUAUGCUGGAUUUGAUAACUUUAUGAAUAAAUG